GGAGCGGUGGGGGGAAGGGCGAAGUGCCCGGAGGCAGGCCGGGCUGCCAGGCGGGAGAUCCGGAUUCCACCAGGCUAUCGCUAGCUGUGUGCCCGCAAGCAAAUGCUUCACCGCGGACCCUAGUAUCUUUCUCUGUAAAGUGCCAGUAAUGACACCUGCCUCGAGAUGCUGGGGAAUUCUGGAAAAUAAGGCAGGGGUGCCCGGGACAGAGCUUGGCACGCAGCGGGCGCUCAGUCGAGUGGGUUGGAGCUGGAGGGGCCCAGAGGGGAUGGAGGCAGCCCGGAGGAAGCGGCAGCGGGCCAGGUCUCUGGGAAUGAAAGGCCUCAGUGUCUGCGGCGUCCGCCCCGCCCCCUCUGCCCGCGGAGUUGUUUAGGGCGGACGUGCACACCUGGCCAAGUCCACGUCUACACCGGCCGACCAGGGUGGUGUAAAGUUGGGUGGAAUCCCUAGCUCUGAGCCAGGAGUGGCCAGGAGUGACCAGCUGGUGCUGGCAUGGGCUGAGGCUCAGCCGGGGGCGAGAUGGGGUGGGGCCCACUUCAGGACUGUGGUGCUGGAGCCCCGGAGCUGAGCUUGGCCGCCUGGCAAAGGACCCCACCCUUGGGGCCAUCUGGAUAUUUCCUGCUUCCUCCCAGCUGACCCUUGAGGGAAGUGGGGGGCUGUGUAGAGCAAAGAGGUGUUAGUCACUGAGGGCAGGAGCUGGUUUACACCUAGUGGUGCUGGAGGCACUGGGGAGGCCUGAGUUUGAGCCGGCAAAGCCCCUUCUGGGGCCCUCGAGCCCAGUCCUGCUGCCCUGUUUCCUUCUGCCCAGGACUCUCCCGUCCCCAGUCACCUUGGGGAAGGGAGUGUGGAUCCUAAGAUUCCACCUUCCCAACUCUGGGUCAAUAGGAACUAGAAAAUAUGUUGCCUGUGCCCCAGUCUCCCCACCUGUACAUGUGGCAGCCCUUAAAGUCACCUCAUUUAACCCUCACACUACCACAUGAUGUUUGGACAAUUAUUAGCUCCAUUUUAGAGAUGGAAACUGAGACCAAGAGGGGGUAGUAGGGUGGUGAUGUCAGUAGCCUAAGGCCAGAAAGUGAUGGUACCCAGACUUGACCCAGUGCUAACUCCAGAGCUACCUGUUGCUUAGAGCACACUGCCACCUCCAAGGGGCCAUGGCAGAGAAGGUGCUGGUAACGGGCGGGGCUGGCUACAUCGGCAGCCACACAGUGCUCGAGCUGCUGGAGGCUGGCUAUGCACCUGUGGUCAUCGACAAUUUCCACAAUGCCUUCCGUGGAGGGGGCUCUAUGCCUGAGAGCCUUCGCCGGGUACAGGAGCUGACAGGCCGUUCUGUGGAGUUUAAGGAGAUGGACAUCUUGGACCAGACAGCCCUACAGUGUCUCUUCAGAGAGCACAGCUUUAUGGCAGUCAUCCACUUUGCGGGGCUCAAGGCUGUGGGCGAAUCGGUGCAAAAGCCUCUGGAUUAUUACAGAGUUAACCUGACCGGGACCAUCCAGCUUCUGGAGACCAUGAGAGCCUGUGGGGUGAAGAACCUCGUGUUCAGCAGCUCUGCUACUGUGUACGGGAACCCCCAGUACCUGCCCCUGGAUGAGGCCCACCCUACGGGGGGCUGUACCAACCCUUACGGCAAGUCCAAGUUCUUCAUUGAGGAAAUGAUCCGGGACCUGUGCCAGGCAGACAAGGCCUGGAAUGCAGUGCUGCUGCGCUAUUUCAACCCCACGGGCGCCCACGCCUCUGGCUGCAUCGGUGAGGACCCCCAGGGCAUCCCCAACAACCUCAUGCCUUAUGUCUCCCAGGUGGCGAUUGGGCGGCGGGAGGCCCUGAAUGUCUUUGGCAAUGACUAUGACACAGAGGAUGGCACAGGCGUCCGGGAUUACAUCCACGUGGUGGAUCUGGCCAAAGGCCACAUCGCAGCUUUGAGGAAGCUGAAGGAGCAGUGUGGCUGCCGGAUCUACAACCUGGGCACUGGCACAGGCUACUCAGUGCUGCAGAUGGUCCGAGCCAUGGAGAAGGCCUCUGGGAAGAAGAUCCCGUACAAGGUGGUGGCACGGCGGGAAGGUGAUGUGGCUGCCUGUUACGCCAACCCCAGCCUGGCCCACGAGGAGCUGGGCUGGACAGCGGCCUUAGGGCUGGACAGGAUGUGUGAAGAUCUAUGGCGCUGGCAGAAGCAGAAUCCUUCAGGCUUUAGCACACAGGCCUGAAGACCUGUCCCAACCAUGGACCAGAAAAGGAAAAGAGAAGCAGCUGCCUGCUCUCCAGCCUCCAGCAGGACCCAGCAUCCAGAGCUUCUGGGCCAAGUCAAGGCCUCCCCUACCUCAAACCCUGGCUGGGCCCACGCAGCCCACCAGGCAUGAGGCCAAGGGCUCCACUGACCAGGAGUCAGGGGUCUCUAACUCACCUUCCACAGGGUCUGGGAACUCAUCGGGACCACCAAGAGCGAGUGUGAGGGGUCAGGGCUCUUCCACAAAAGCCCCCUCCUCUCAGGCACUAAUUUAUACUACUCUGAAGAAGCUUUCCAAAGUAUUUAAAAUAAAAAAGUUUUCUUACAUUGGG